AGUCCAACCAAUUGGGUCGGACACCAAACUACUUUAGAGAGAAUGUGACAAGUGGUCACCCUAUCUCAAGUCUCAAACGAUUAACUUAACUGUCUUCCGGUGUCAAACGACCCGCCUAACCAUACGAUACCGUGUUUGACAUUUCAGAGAGCAAAUGUCUCCAGAGUCCAGACUCGACCCUCUGGAAUCUUGUUCAGCUCAGCACUCCCCGCUCCCGAACACACGAAACGACUUUGAGUUAGACUCGCUCUCUCAAACAAUUCCCUCUUUUCUCUCUCUUUUCCGAUUCUCUUCAAGAUUUCCUCCGACGACGAAUCCACCAUGGCCGGCCAGCGCAACGACUACGGCAAGAGAUCCCAUUCUCAGUCCGACUACGGGGGCGGCAAGCGCCGCAACCCGGCGGGCGACGAGACCGGCGAGCUUCAACACGGGAUUGGCAACGACGACACAGUCUACCGCUACUUGUGCCCUCUCAGAAAGAUUGGGAGCAUUAUCGGACGUGGCGGGGAGAUCGCCAAGCAGCUGAGGGCCGAGAGCAGGUCAAGUAUUCGAAUCAGCGAGUCGAUUCCAGGGUUUGACGAGCGCAUUGUCACGAUUUACAGCUCCAGCGAGGAGACCAAUUCGUUUGGGGAGGACGAGGAACUGGUCUGCCCCGCUCAGCAUGCGCUCUUUCUCGUUCACGAUAGGGUUGUGGCGGAGGAGCUAGGAGGUGGUGGCACUCGUGGUGGUGGUGGUGUGGGUAGUGAUGGGGAAGGGGAAGAAGAGGACGAGCUUGGAGAACUUCAGCAGAAGCAAGUCACUUUAAGAAUGCUUGUUCCUUCAGAUCAGAUUGGAUGUGUUAUUGGGAAGGGCGGCCAGGUGAUUCAGAACAUUCGGAGUGAGACCGGUGCUCAGAUUCGGAUUCUGAAAGAUGAACAUCUUCCCCCUUUUGCCUUAACUAAUGACGAGCUUCUCCAGAUUGUAGGAGAACCUACAGUCGUUAAGAAGGCGCUUCUUCAAGUAGCGACUCGCCUUCAUGUGAAUCCUUCUCGCUUUCAGCAUUUGCUUUUGUCUACUUCCAACAACCCGUAUCAAUCAGGUGGCAUGUUUGUAGCACCAAAUGCAGGUGUCCCGGCAAUGGGUGCUUAUGGAAGCUACAAAGGUGGCUGGCCAUCCUCAUACCAUGAGUCAAGAGAUGAUGGUGGUUCUGCUAAGGAUUUUGCUGUUCGUUUGCUCUGUCCAAUUGGAAAUAUUGGAAGUGUGAUUGGGAAAGGAGGUGUUAUUAUCAAACAAAUUCGUCAGGAAACUAGGGCUUCCAUCAAAGUAGAUAGCUCGGCCACUGAAGGAGAUGAUUGUAUUAUCUUUAUAUCAGCAAAAGAGGUUUUGGAUGAUCAAUCUCCAACCAUCAAUGCUGCACUGAAAUUGCAGCCUCGAUGCAGUGAGAGAACUGAAAGAGACUCUGGAGAUUCUGUCCUCACAACCCGUUUACUUGUACCAAGAUCACAGGUCGGAUGCCUUAUGGGUAAAGGUGGAUCCAUUAUUUCUGAGAUGAGGAGUGUAACUAGGGCAAGCAUAAGGAUUCUUUCAGAGGAUAAUCUUCCCAAGAUUGCCACUGAAGAGGAUGAAAUGGUGCAGAUCACUGGAAACCAUGAUGUUGCCAGUAAUGCCCUUUUACAAGUAAUGCUAAGGUUGAAAGCCAAUGUAUUUGGAAGAGAUGCUGCCUUAUCUUCAUUUCCUCCGGCUCUUCCAUAUGUCCCAAUGCCCGUGGACAUGUCAGAUGGUCUGAAACAUGGAGGCCGAGAUACUCGUGUACGUGGUGGAUACCCAUCAUCCUCUGGGACAUAUGGCGACGAUUAUCCCAAUUCAUUUGUGAGUUUUUCUUUGUUUUAUCAGGGACAAUGUGAUGGAGAAACUGGUGGUUAUGGUGCAUAUGGCAGCUUGUCUUCUGGUCGAUCCAGCAGUGCUGGGUUGGCAGGCCAAAGCCCCAUGUCACAAAGAAAGCAUCAUGGAUAUUAGUUUCCAUGAUCUCGCAGCAGCAACAAUCUACAAAUCCCGAAGCCUGCCCCUAUGCCCAUUUGAUGAAGCCUUCAGCAUAGAACAGAAAAAGCUCACAGAUGAACUGCGUUUGAGAAAAAUUGUACUUCACCUCGGUCCACCCCCAUGAUGCUUACUUUGGACCUUCCGUGAACUGAUGAUGCAACUGAUCAUUCAAAUUCUGGACCUUGACACGAUAUUUUAAGUUUUAAGCUUCCCGUCCCAGCCAUUAUUUAUGCCUAUAUGGUAUGCUUUUUAUGUAACAGCAAUAAUAGGUAGCUCUGUGUGUCUGUAUGAUGUUUGCAAAUUAGUCUUCUUCCUUGGCUUAGAGAUACUCAAAUAGCAAUUGGUUGUUGUAGUUUUCAAUCAGCAUAAUGGUUGAGGUAUUGGUUGUAUAAUGUACACUCAUUCUAUUCUUUCUGUAUCAUCAUGUCAUUAUAGGUUUGCUUGAUUUGUUUUGCUUCUUGUGAGAUCUGCCUCUACUUGCUGUAUGAUUCCAAACUUAAGAACUGGAACCAUCCAUUGUUUAAUAUCUUCUUCACUAUAUCUGGGCGCUAUUACUUGUGAUAUGAGGUUUAGUUAUUUGACAGUAUGAGAAGUAAUUUGUGAGUUUGAAACACAUCUUGUUAUGGUAUGUGUUCCGGUAUGUUGUGGGGAUAUAGCAAUUGAGCAGGAUUCGAGGUAAUUGUGCAUAUUGCGGAUGAUCUCGUUCAAGAUCUGACAACAGUGAAGGUAAAUCAAAGAGGGGAUUUUGUUUCUAUAGAUUGCUUCAAGUUCCAUAGGCCUCUUGGAUUGUGCAAUUUAAGUUGCUUCAUGAAUUUCCAAGCUCAUGCAGGGUUGACGUGUGGUUGAUGUACUUGGGAUGCCAAGAAUAGAAGGGCUAUGUAUUUCUGCUGUCCUUCUCUAACAUUGACUACCUUUAUUAGUAACUUACACACUGAAGGUUUAUGUAUGUAUUUGCUUUGGUGAUGACUACUGAAGUAGGAUUUGACAUAGAUACAGUCCUUUGACUGCAUUUAGUUGCAUGAAGACUGAUACCAUCAAUUGGACUAGGUCAUGGAACCAUUGUUUCUGAUGAGUGGCCAGCAGCCAGCAGGGAGGUCUCCUCAUUUCAAGCUUUUUUACUUGGCAGGGCAGGGUGUAAAUUGUCAAACGUGCUGCUACAGUCUUGUGUAAUCUAAUCUCUAUAGAUUUAGGUUGGUUAAUACAGUAGUAGUAGGUAGUCGCCGUCCAUAACUCCAUUUAAUUGGGACAUUCUUAUUGCUUAGUCAUG